CGGCAGUCCAAAUUUCGACCUGGCGUCCUGAUCCGAUGCUGGACCCUGGUCAAGCGGAGCGGAGGGGGAGCCUCUCUCCUUGGGGGCGACUCCUUGGGGGGGCGUCUCCUUGGAGCGCACUGCGACGUAGCCUCGCGCCUCCUUGGGGGCGUGCCAGUUGCGCCACUGUGCCGUGUUGGUGCAAGUGUUUGUGGUCUCCUCCCUCCCGCAGUUCCGUGCAUCACAGUCGCCCGCGCGCACCCGGCUGCAGCGGCACGCAGCACCAGCCAUGGUCAAGUCCUCGGAGGCCGCGCUGGGCGCAGGUGCGGUCGUCGGCUGCCUGCUUGCAGCGCCCUCCGCAUCCAGCUUCGCCACCGGCCAGCAGGGCGCGCCCCCGUCGAGGCUCUUGGAGCAGAAGAUCCGGCUCGGGCCCACUCGCGGCCAGUCGCACGCGCCGUCGCUGAAGCAGCCGCCGCAGCAGCAGCGUCCCGCACUGCUCGCGGCCGCAGGAGCCGGCGCCGCCUUGGCAGGGGCCGCCGGUGGCCGCUUGAGGCCGGCUGGCGCCGCCCGGCGUGGGGUCAUCGCAGCCCGGGCGUCCGCAGGAGUCCUCCACGCGCCGCCUGUGGCUGCCCCGCUCACGGUCUCCGCAGCAGGCGAGGGCUGCAUCCGCCUGCGCCAUGCCAGCGGGGCGACCUGCGACGUGAGCGUCUACGCCGCGAAUGUGCUGAGCUGGCGCUUGCCCGACAUGGGGGAGCAGCUGUUCAUGAGCUCCGAGGCGGUCUUGGGGCAGCCAGGCACCGCCAUCCGUGGCGGCGUGCCGAUCUGCUGGCCCCAGUUCGGCACCUUCGAUGAGGCUGCCACGGGCGCGCCCAAGCUGAAGCACGGCUUCGUCCGCCAGAGUAAUCGUUGGCAGGUCUCGGAGGUCAGCGAGGACGCGGUGUCGCUGCGUCUGGUACCGGAUGCCGAGAUGUUGAAGAAGUGGCCAUCCGAGUUCGAGUUCAUCUACACCGUCUCGUUGGGUGCCAAGUCCCUGCGCCUGAAGAUGGAAGUCACGAACACGGGCCCGCAGCCGCUUGAGUUCACGGGGUGCUUGCACACGUACUUCCGUUGUGAGGCCUGCACCGAUGUGGCCGUGGAGGGCCUGAAGGGCGAGACGGUUGACGUGGGCAUCGGCGAUUUCUUCCGCGGCACUGAGGUCGAGGACCGCGAGCAGGUGACGUUCGACGGCAAGUCUGAGAUCCAGCUCCUGUACGGCAGCACUGCGGACGCUAUCGUGGUGAAGGACGGCGACAGGCGCCUGCGCCUGACAAAGAUGAACAUGCCGGACUGGGUGCUCUGGAACAUCGGCGACGACAACAGGCACACGCUCCCAGACCUGCCCCUCGGUGAGCAGAGGAAGUACGUAUGCGUGGAGCCCGGGUUCGCCACAGUCCCGCAGCGCGUGAAGCCAGGGGCGACGUGGUGCGCCAUGCACGAGGUCGAGGCCUUGUGAUGCACAGAUUGUCGCACCGCUCGUCGGAAGCAUUAUUUUUUCUGUGGCCGCGUGAGAUCGCCUUGAGUUCCGUUUGCGUUCGAUCAUUGAGCCCCGUUUUCGCCGGGCACAUUCGCCCGAUCUGAGUUGUGAAUAUCCAGAUUGCAUUGCAGUGUCGCGCGGGCGGCACCAAGAUAGAGAUUCGCGCAUCGAUCCUUGGUGGAGCGAGCAGCCGAGACACCAUUCAGAUUGGCUGCGGUCGCUCACCGCAUCGCAUCUCAACAGCCGAUAGAAGCCCGCCCGAUUUUCGGGCGCCGGAGACAUCGCAGGGGCGAUGUGGUGUGCCACGCACGGGGUGAAGGCUUUGUGAUGCAAAGGGUGCUGGAUCGCUUGUCAGAAUGAUUGUUUUUCUGUGGCCACGCGAGAGCGCCUUGAGUUCCGUUUGCGUUCGAUCCGUGAGCAGUUUUCGCUGGGCACAUUUGCCCGAUAGAUGAGUAUUGUUCUGCAGCGUCGCUCGGGUGACACCAAGGUUCAGACUCGCGCAUCUGUUUCUGGUGCAGCGAGCAGCCGCGACACCAUUCAGACCGGCAGUGGUCGGCCGACGCAUCACAUUGCAUCGCAAAAGCCGAUCAAAGCCCGUGCGACCUCGGAGGACAAAAAAAUAGCCAGAGGCCAGUAUCCCCAGACAGGUUUUUUUUGGCUAGGGUGGCUCCAACUCAU